CAGCCUCGCCUCCCCUCCUCCAUUCUUCCUGCCGGUGCCCGGGCACCACGGAGCCUGCCUCGCGGGCUCGCAUCUGCAGCUCCAGCCGCGUUUCUCCAGAGGCCGCCCGCUUCCUUUUCCCCCGCGUCUACUGAGCUCGAGGCUCGGGUCCGACCGCGACCACUUGGUGUAACUUCCUUCUCUGUCAGUGCGACCUUUCCCCGUCGUGGAGACUCCUCAUCCCGGGCGGGGAAGUGGAAGCAAGUAGUUUGUGAGGGAGAUCUUACAACCUGCACGGAAAUUAUUUUCCACGGGGGAGAGCGGACAGCCUCAUAGGUUGAAAGGAUGACUUGUCAGAGGCCACGAGGAACGUGAGGCAGGAUAGAGCCGCUAGCUGUUGAAUUAGUGCUGGAUAAUCUCAGUGAUACCUUGAAGAAGCUGAAGAUAACAGCUGUUGACAAGACUGAGGAUAGUUUAGAAGGAUGCUUGGAUUGUCUGCUUCAAGCCUUGGCUCAAAAUAAUACGGAAACAAGUGAAAAAAUCCAAGCAAGUGGAAUACUUCAGCUGUUUGCAAGUCUGUUGACUCCACAGUCUUCCUGCAAAGCCAAAGUAGCUAACAUCAUAGCAGAAGUAGCCAAAAAUGAGUUUAUGCGAAUUCCAUGUGUGGAUGCUGGAUUGAUUUCACCACUGGUGCAGCUGCUAAAUAGCAAAGACCAGGAAGUGCUGCUUCAAACGGGCAGGGCUCUAGGAAACAUAUGUUACGAUAGCCAUGAGGGCAGAAGUGCAGUUGACCAAGCAGGUGGUGCACAGAUUGUAAUUGACCAUUUAAGGUCACUGUGCAGUAUAACAGAUCCCGCCAAUGAGAAGCUCUUGACUGUCUUUUGUGGCAUGCUGAUGAACUAUAGCAAUGAGAAUGAUUCGCUUCAAGCUCAGCUUAUCAAUAUGGGUGUUAUUCCUACCUUAGUGAAAUUACUGGGCAUCCACUGCCAAAAUGCAGCUCUUACCGAAAUGUGUCUUGUUGCAUUUGGUAAUUUAGCAGAACUUGAGUCAAGUAAAGAACAGUUUGCCAGUACAAACAUUGCUGAAGAGCUAGUAAAACUCUUCAAGAAACAAAUAGAACACGAUAAGAGAGAAAUGAUUUUUGAAGUUCUUGCUCCAUUGGCAGAAAAUGAUGCUAUUAAACUACAGCUGGUUGAAGCAGGCCUAGUAGAGUGUCUACUAGAGAUUGUUCAGCAAAAAGUGGAUAGUGACAAAGAAGAUGAUAUUACUGAGCUCAAAACUGGUUCAGAUCUCAUGGUUUUAUUACUUCUUGGAGAUGAAUCCAUGCAGAAGUUAUUUGAAGGAGGAAAAGGUAGUGUAUUUCAAAGGGUACUCUCUUGGAUUCCAUCAAAUAACCACCAGCUACAGCUUGCUGGAGCAUUGGCAAUUGCAAAUUUUGCCAGAAAUGAUGGAAAUUGUAUUCAUAUGGUAGACAAUGGGAUUGUAGAAAAACUUAUGGAUUUACUGGACAGACAUGUAGAAGAUGGAAAUGUAACAGUACAGCAUGCAGCGCUAAGUGCCCUCAGAAACCUGGCCAUUCCAGUUAUAAAUAAAGCAAAGAUGUUAUCAGCUGGGGUCACAGAGGCAGUUUUGAAAUUUCUUAAAUCUGAAAUGCCUCCUGUUCAGUUCAAACUUCUGGGAACAUUAAGAAUGUUAAUAGAUGCACAAGCAGAAGCUGCUGAACAACUGGGAAAGAAUGUUAAGUUAGUGGAGCGUUUGGUGGAAUGGUGUGAAGCCAAAGAUCAUGCUGGUGUGAUGGGGGAGUCAAACAGACUGCUGUCUGCCCUUAUACGACACAGUAAAUCAAAAGAUGUAAUUAAAACCAUUGUGCAGAGUGGUGGCAUCAAGCAUCUAGUUACCAUGGCAACUAGUGAACAUGUAAUAAUGCAGAAUGAAGCCCUUGUUGCUUUGGCAUUAAUAGCAGCUUUAGAAUUGGGCACUGCUGAGAAAGAUCUAGAAAGUGCUAAACUUGUACAGAUUUUACAUAGACUGCUAGCAGAUGAGAGAAGUGCUCCUGAAAUCAAAUAUAAUUCCAUGGUCCUGAUAUGUGCUCUUAUGGGAUCUGAAUCUCUACACAAGGAAGUACAGGAUUUGGCUUUUCUAGAUGUCGUAUCCAAACUUCGCAGUCAUGAGAACAAAAGUGUUGCCCAGCAGGCCUCUCUCACAGAGCAGAGACUUACUGUGGAAAGCUGAGAACUGCCCGAUACACGGCAUCAUCCCAUCUCUAAUUUCCCCUCUGUCCUCCAUCCAGCGGCUUCUUCCGCUUCAUUCUCUACCAUACCACUUGUGCAUGCAUGUGAUGUUCUAAUACCAAUUGAAGAACCGCUGUAGGUACCUCCCUAAUAAGAUUUCUAAACCCAUAGUUAGUGUGAUCAUGACUUUGUCAAAGGCAAGUCUCCACCCAUAACUGUUCUCUUGUAUUCCUGUUGCCUGAGCUACAUUAAUUAGAAUGUGCAUGUUGUAGUCCUAUGAUGAUAUAAACUUGGUGCGACAUAAUGACUUGCUCCACACAUGCAGUAAACUACAUAAUGAUGUACUGGUAAACUAGAAACAAAGAAUGCAGCAGGAUCUGUCUAGCUUAUUAAAGAUGAAACUGAAUUGGAAAAAUAGCUCCAUUUUUUGGUGCUUGGGAAGCACAGUGACCAAAAAAGUUGUAUGGCUGCUUAUUCAUUAGUCUUUCCUACUAAUGUCAAACCCAUGGUACCUAGAGUUAAAUAAAAUUCCAGUGCUCUUACUCUUUAACCUAUGGUUUCUCCUUUUUCCUUUGUAGACUAUUGAAACAGCCACAAACUUGGCAAGACUUUCUGAAGUUUCUGAUUUCAUAUUUAACUGACUAUUAUCAGUAGCCUGAUAUUGAAAAAUAUUUGUAGUUUUCAGUGUGAAACUAAGGGGUUGAAGAAUUGCUAUUACAAUCCCUAUUACAGAGCAUUUCGGGUUUUGCCUGUAUUUUAGAUUCUGAUACAUAUGCUGUUUCACUCAGGAACUACUUCUACCAGUUAAUCAGCAUUAUCCAGCACUUGUCUUUAAAAGUCAUUUGGCACUUUUUUUUUUUUUUCAACUGAGGAAAUCGAGUAUAGUUCAUUGAAGAAUGGAUUUUUUUUUCUUUUUUUUUGCUGUUUUUCAUCAUUCAGCUAGAAAGUGAGAAGUUUUAUCUUCCAUAGUCCUUUUAAAUCUUACAUUAGAACUAGCAGGACGUAGGUGGAAAGGUGAAGAAAUAAGCUUGUCUAGACUAAAGAAAGGAAAGCAGGUUAUAAAAGCCAUAGUAGCCAGUCCAGUUCAUUCUGCAGAUGGCCCCAUACCAAUCGCUAUUAGAGUUUCCCACCUCCACUUUCCCACUGAGAACUGCAGCAAUUUUAAAGGAUAUGAGAAAGCCAACACUCAAGAGAUGAGAAGACCCCCUUGGCGAAAUGUAUUGUACUCUUCACUGCCACCGCCACCACCAAAUGGGUUUUUAGAGCUUUGAAACACAAUCUUUGUAAAUUAACCAAAACCUCCCUGUGACCCACCUACCUUCUCCCCAUACCCAAAUUUGACCACUACUGGCCUAAAAGGCAAGAUGGGCUUUGAUAUAGAAGGACGGCAGGACAGUAGAAAGGGCUGCCACGGAGGUGACAGGAGCUCCUUCCUCUCCAACAUGUGAUGCUACACAUCUCUGUGGGUAAUCUAAGUUGGCCUUUUGACUCUAAAACAGCUAUAAUCCAAGAAAGUUAAAUUCUAAUGGAGGUAAAGAAUCUUGACUGAUUGUUCCCUUUGAUGUCCAAAUAAGGGACUAUUGUGAGUAUGUAUGCUACACUUACUAUAAGAAUGAUACUGUUUGUUGUCUUUCUCCUGGGCUGGAUAGUGGACAAUAUUACAGGCUUUGAAAGACAUCUGUAAUGUUGCAUAACUGUUCAUAUUAAUAACUUAAUAAAUAGUAUGUGAAGCU